CUCGUAGAUAUGGAAUACGGAAGAGCCUGCACCCACCAUCCGACGCUGCUGCCCUGUGUAAUGACGUUGCAUUCGUCGUCCACCCUUCAUUCAUCGGACGGAUUUUAGUCCUUCGAUAAAUUUUUUUCCUUUCUUAUACUUCACUGAUAAUCAUGCCAUCUGCUGUUUCUUGAUUUAAACGUAACCUUUCAUCCUAGCGUGCAUCACUACCCCGGUCGCCACGCGGAAGGUUUAAGCUCAUUUUGCAGCCUUGUGGUUACGCCCAUCUCAGCCUGGCUGAAUCAUCCACAGUAUCCUAAACAUCACAUAGUGAAUUCGCAGUUCAGCUUGGUAUCACCAUGUCUGAAAGCAAAAGUGCACCGAAGGAUCUUGAAUCCGGGGCUCGCACAGGCAAGCUAUCGCAUUGGCGAAUCCUCAUCGAUCAAAGCAUCACCACACCCGAGAUUGAAAGCCAUGUGUAUCCAGGAUCUGGUACAGUGGAGGAUCCAUAUCGGAUAGAUUGGCUUCCUAAUGAUCCGCGAAAUCCAAUGCAGUUCCCUACAUGGUAUAAAUGGAUGAUUACGUUGUCCAUGGCCGGUGCGGUUCUAGCAGUAUCUCUGUGUUCUUCAGCGUUCUCUUCUGGCUUUACUUCGCUUCUACGAGAUUUUGGUACCAGCCAGGAGGUUGCAACAUUGUCGCUUAGUUUGUUCGUGCUAGGCUUCGCCAUUGGCCCUUUGUUCUGGGCGCCCAUGAGCGAGCUAUACGGUCGACAGAUCCUGUUCAUCUUCACAUUUGGCAUUUUCACUUUCUUCAACGCCGGCGUCUGCGGUUCACAGAACAUGCAAACCGUGAUUAUUCUCAGAUUCUUUGCAGGCUCGUUUGGUUCGUCUCCACUGACGAACGCCGGAGGAGUAAUUGCAGAUAUGUUUCCUGCACGACAGAGGGGCGUUGCUACCGCAAUCUUUGCUGCAGCUCCAUUCCUUGGCCCAGCCGUAGGACCAGUCGUAGGUGGAUUCCUCGCUGAAUCUGCGGGCUGGCGCUGGCUUGCUGGCUUGCUGGCGGCGUUUUCGGGCCUCGUGUGGUUUAUAGGAAUAGCCUUGGCCCCAGAAACGUAUGGCCCCGUUCUCCUCCGACGUCGAGCUGCCCGGCUCUCGAAGAUCACCGGCAAAGUCUAUCUUUCCAAAACCGAUGCCCAACAAGGCACGAUAUCUGCUGGCGAGGCCUUCAAAACCGCCUUGAGCCGUCCAUGGUUCUUGCUAUUUAGGGAACCGAUCGUCUUUUUCUUAAGCUUAUACAUGGCCAUCAUCUAUGGCACUCUCUACAUGCUCUUCAGCGCCUAUCCUAUUGUAUAUGAGCUUUCCCGUGGUUGGAGUGGUGGUAUUGCCGGUCUAGCUUUUCUCGGUGUUUUGAUUGGUAUGUUGUUGGCCGUGGCCUACACCCUGUGGCCUGAAAAUCCGCGAUAUCAGCGGGUCGUUGAAAAGCAUGGAGGUAUUGCCCCGCCAGAAGCGCGAUUACCGUCUACCAUGUUGGGUGGCGCAUGCCUGCCCAUCGGUUUGUUCUGGUUUUCUUGGACAAAUUCUCCUUCCUUGCCUUGGGCAGCUUCGAUGGCUGCCGGCAUUCCUUUCGGCUUCGGCAUGGUCCUGGUCUUCUUGGGUGUCAUGAACUACCUCAUCGACGCGUACACCAUCUUUGCAGCUUCCGUCUUGGCAGCCAACUCUGUCAUCCGGUCACUGUUUGGUGCCGCUUUCCCCCUCUUCACGACUUACAUGUACCAAAACUUGGGUAUUCACUGGGCGAGCUCAAUUCCUGCAUUCCUUGCACUGGCAUGCGUGCCAUUCCCUUUCCUCUUCUACUAUUACGGAGAGAAAAUUCGUAUGAAGUCAAAGUACGCAGCCGAAGCGGACGCCUUCAUGAAGAGGAUCAUUGCACAAAGGCGUGCAGAAGCGGAGGCUGCUGCUCGUGGAGACUCUGAAACCGAGGCUGACGCAGAAAAGGAGCUUGACAAAGAAGAAUUGAAAGCAGAAGAAGAGGAAGAGGAGCGAAUCGUUGCCGAGGCCGAAGCUGGCGCCGUAGAUUAUGAUGGCGCACGUUUCGAGCGCAUCAAGACCGCUCAGGACACUGAGCGUGUUGCACAAUUGUCAUACGAAGCAAGCCCUUUCGACAUUGACCGCGUCAACACAAGAGAGAGCUUCAAGAGCCGAAGGAAUAGCCAAAGUAGUAGACGGGGUGGGCGUUAAGCGCUUCUGAUUAUCUUGUAAAUUGUAUCAACAUGAUUUUGAGCGCGGCGUUGGAUGAUAGACGGCAUAGACCAUGAUAAGUGAAGAAUGUCUGGUCUCAAACGUAAUACUAAUUGUUGUCCCUCAAUAAAGUUAUGCUAUGCUCCG